AUGCCGGCCUCCGAACUCCCCUCCAACGUCCACGUCUCGCAGCACCCGUGUGUGCUCGCGAAGCUCAGCCAGUUGCGCUCCCAAAGCACACCACCAAAAGAUGUCAAGGCGUUGAUACACGAGAUCGCCCUUCUGGUGGCCAGCGAGGCGUUCGCCAAGGGUCUGAGCAGUGCUCCUGGGCCAACGGACAAAACUCCCCUCGGUUUCGACUUCCAAUCCCACCAAAUCACGCCCGCUACCAUCUCCAUCGUCCCCAUUCUUCGCUCCGGCCUCGGCAUGGUCGAAGCCGUACAAACCCUCCUCCCAGCCCCCGUUCCCGUCCACCACCUCGGCCUCUUCCGCGAGCCCGUGUCCCUCCUCCCGGUCGAAUACUACAACAACCUACCCAACCACGCCUCCUCCACCGGUGGCUCGGCCGGCCCCUCCGAGCUCGCCAUCAUCGUCGACCCAGUCAUUGCCACGGGCGGUACCUGCGCGGCAGCCAUCGCGACACUGCGUGAGUGGGGCGCUCGCCGGAUCAUUGUGCUGUCUUUGGUGGGCGCUGCGCCGGGUGUGCGUGCCGCGGCGGGCGAGUGGUCGGAGGGCGUGGAGAUUUGGUUGGCGGGUGUGGAUGAGGAGUUGACGGAUCGGGGGAUGCUGAAGCCUGGGCUGGGAGAUGUGGGAGAUAGGCUGUUUUUGACUAUUGGGAAAUAA